AUGUUCAAGGAUAUUAAGAAAAGAAGUCAAUCUCCAACAAUUGGGUUUUCUUCGGUAUUGUUUAAAAAACCAAAACCAAAUUUAUUACUAAAUGGUAUGAUGAAAUUGAAUCAUGAUAAAGUAUUAGAAAUUCUUCGGGAUGAUUUAUACUUUGAAGAUGAAGCCAUUGAUUGUGUAAAAAAAGAACGAAACCAAAAUGGAAGAUAUCCUUUGAGUGCUCUCAACGGAAACCAUUUAUUAAUUGCUAUUAAUGCCUAUGAAACAAAUAUCAAAAGCAAUGGAACACCAGAAACAGCCAAACAGUCCAUGGUCGACUCCUUGAUGGACGAAGGAAAAAUAAUGGUGAAAAGUGUUGCAGAGCCCAUUGCUGUUUGGUUGAUUAGUGAGUUUGUUGAAAGAAAACAAGUAGAAAUUGAAGAAUCCAACAAAUCAAUAGACGCUGAAGAUAUUUCAGCGUUCAUCAAGCUUGUAAUUAGCACAAAUGGUGCUAUGACUGAUAGAACUGACAAAGUUGUUGGUAUAUUUGAACCUAAAAAUAUAGUGGAGUCUUCUUCGGUUGUUGUUUUUGGUUUUGGAUCUAAUUUCAAAUUUAUUGGAAGAGAAGAGGUUGUAAAUAUGUUUAUGGAAAGCUACAGACCUUAUACUGCCUUGAUAGAAAAUGAAAAAAAGGCCCUAAGAGAUAAUAUUGAGCUCCCAUUCAUAGCUGCAGCUCCUGGAAUUGGAAAAUCAAGGAUAUUGCAGGAGAUUGGUCUUGAUAUGUACAACAACAAACAAUAUUUUCCGUUAUUUAUAUCAUUUGGGAAUGGAACAAAGAUGGACGUUAUGAAUGAACCAAACCCCAUGAAUGGUUUGUGUGUAAGAAUUGUUUAUUCAAUACUUUGUGCUUUUACAGGUUCGAAAGGGGAAACCUCUGUUUUUACUGGGUUGUUACGAAAAUGGAAUGAAUUUUUUGGGAAAAGAAAGGUUCUCGAUAUUGAAACUAUAUUAAUAGCCUGUAAUGCUGUAAUUUCUCCAAACGAACAUACCAACUUCUUUAUUGGUAUGGAUGAGGUACAAAUAAUUAAUUCACACAUUAAUAGACCAUCUCCACUUGAUGUAAUUAUUUCGUCUAUUGGACAGUAUAUGCAGCAUCCAGUCUGUGGCAUUAUUUAUCCUCUAUUUGUGGGAACUUACUAUACAGGCAUAAAAAAGAGUUUUUUGGGAAGUGCUUAUUCUCCAAAAUACAUUCCAACAAAGCCUAUGUUACCAACAACAGAAUUGUAUCAGAUUAUGGACGAUUUGGUCCAAACAUACAACAAAUUGCAAGGAUGGAGAAAAAAUGUUUCAUUUAAACAUUAUUUAAGGACAUUUGGGGGUUAUGCAAGAGGAAUAGAAUUUUAUUUGGUGCAAUUAUUGUUCAGAGAUUUGCUUCCUCAAGCAGCUUGGUGGGAAGCAAAGACAAAAAUAUUAGAAAAAUAUGAUGUUUCAUUUAUCUCUUCUAAAGUUAAAAAUAAGAUAUUACAACUUGUGGUUACAAGAAGAGUGGUAGCAAAAAAUGAUAAAGUAGAAGAUGAUUUGACUUGGUCUGAUUUAGAAAAUCAAGGAUUGGUAAUGUUAGAAAAGGCUAAGGGCCAGGAAGAAUUUUUGAUCACUUAUCCUCCAGUAAUUCUUCCAUCAUUAAUGACACUUGAGCCAAGGGAAAUUUAUAACAAUUUAUUUAAUUCAGAUUCUUCUGUAUCAUCUUGGGAGGAUGUGAUUCUUGAAUAUUAUUAUUUGAUUUUAACAUUAUUGAAGGAUCAGAAAUCGUUGACAUUGAAAGAAUUGUUUCCAUUUGCUAAAAUGAAUCCAGCAACAGCAAAUUUAAAGAUAGAGAAAAUCCACUCAUGUUACAAAUGUACACAUGACAAAAGAUUGGAGAGUGAUAUGUCAACGAGAAAAUAUUUUAAUCUAAAAUCUGGUUCUACUUCAUUUACUUAUAAUCCAUCAAAUAACACUAAGGGAGUUUAUAUCAUCAAAAAUGUCCCUGAUGCCUCGGCUGGUGAUGUUCUUGUGUUGGGUAUGAAAAAUGAGCUUAAUGGUAGUGAUUGUGUGUUUCAUUUACAAUGUAAAUGGGCUGAUUCAAAAACAGCAAAACUGGAUUUCUCUACAAUAGAAGAGGUAGAAAUAAUCAAAAACAAUAGUUUUGAUUUACCAACACAAAAUAAGAUAAUUCCAGUAACAAACAUCACAGUUAUUGUAACAGGAAAAUCAAUUACAGAUAUGCCCGAAUCAGAAAAACUUCCCGAUAAUUUGAUAAUGAUCUACAAAGAUAACUUUUCCAAACAUUUCGGAACACUAUCUGAGCAUAUGAAAUAUUUAUAUUCCACCAAUUAUCUUCAUAUUAAUGAGUGUGAAGCAAAAGGAUAUGAAAACUUUGGUAUUGGCAAACAAGCUGCGAAUGAUAUCAUAACGAAAAGAACAUCUGAUAAAGAGGGGUUCAAAGAUUUAGAAGACCUGGAAAAGAAAGUUGGAAAAGAGUUAUUUGGCAAGUUAAAGGAUUUAGAUAUAGUUUUUUAA